AAAAGAAAAAUUUGUACAAUGACUAUUCGUUUUGCUAAUGAACCCACAGAUGGACAAACUUUCCAAUAUCAAAAUCAAUUGCCCAAGCUUCCUAUCCCUAAGCUUGAAGACACAGCAAGACGUUACCUUGCUGCAUUAAAGCCAUUACAGUCUACGGAAGAUCAUCAGAAAACGACCAAGGCAGUAGAAGAGUUCUUGCAAAAAGAUGGUCCUGUCCUUCAAGAGAAACUUAAGACAUAUGCAUCUGACAAAUCAUCUUACAUUGAGGAAUUCUGGUACGACUCUUAUCUCCACUUUACCGAUCCCGUCGUACUUAACCUGAACCCUUUCUUCUUAUUGGAAGACGAUAUUUCCCCACUUCGAAACGAUCAAGUCCAAAGGGCUUCUUCCUUGAUCUUUUCUACCUUAACAUUUGUUUAUGCGCUCAAGACAAAACAUUUGGAACCUGAUGUCUUUCGGGGUACGCCUCUCUGUAUGUCUCAAUUCAGUCGUCUCUUUGGUACUGCUCGAGUGCCCACAGGGAACGGCUGUUAUAUUGCACCCAACAAUGAUGUUGUAGGACGUCAUAUCGUCGUGAUUUCUCAUUCUCAGUUUUAUCAUUUUGAAGUUUUUGAUGAAUCCGGUGAUUUUGUACUGAACGAAAAAGAAAUUGCAGCCAAUUUACGAGCCAUCUUGCGUGAUUCUGCUCAGACACCAGUGACGGAUAUUGCUAAAAAUGCGGUAGGUAUCCUUACGACUGAAAACCGUCGCAAUUGGGCCAAAUUGAGAGCUCAGCUCAAGAGUGAUCCUCAGAACCGGGAGUCUCUUAAGGUCGUUGACGGUGCUUUGUUUAUUGUCUGUCUGGAUCAUGUGAGCCCUACUUCUUCAGAAGAUUUGAGUUACAAUAUGCUGUGUGGUACAUACAAUCUGGAACAAGGAAUGCAGGUUGGAACAUGUACCAAUCGAUGGUAUGAUAAACUUCAGAUUAUUGUCUGUCAAAAUGGAAGUGCCGGUAUCAAUUUCGAGCAUACGGGCGUGGAUGGUCAUACUGUAUUGCGCUUUGUGUCUGAUAUCUAUACAGAUACCAUUUUGCGCUUUGCAAAAACGAUCAAUAGUCAAACUCAAUCUAUCUUUCAUAACUAUCGUCAAAGAAGAGAGAGUGCAGGCGGUAAUCCUACUCGAGACAGAACGGGUUCUACUGGUAGUGCUACAGGCUAUUUUGAUCAUAAUCCUCGAAAGAUUGAAUGGAACAUGACUGAAGACUUGGAGUUGGGUAUUCGUUUUGCUGAAACAAGAUUAAGCGACUUGAUCUUGCAAAAUGAAGUCAAAGUACUUGAGUUUCAUGAUUAUGGCAAGAACUUUAUUACUGAUAUGAAGAUGAGUCCUGAUGCCUUUGUUCAGAUGGCUAUUCAAGCUGCUUAUUAUGGUUUGUAUGGUAAAUGCGAAAGUACAUAUGAACCAGCCAUGACCAAGACCUUUUUACACGGUCGAACAGAAGCCAUUCGUUCUGUCACUUCUGAAUCGCGUACUUUUGUCGAAACCUUCUAUUCCAACAAAUCUUCUCAUGACAAAUUGGAAUCCUUGCGUGCUGCUUUGAAGGCACAUACAAACAUUACCCGAGAAUGUUCUAAGGGACAAGGCCAAGAUCGUCAUCUUUAUGCCUUAGAAUGCGUCUGGGACAGACUUUUCAAGAACGAAAAAAAGCCUCAGUUGUUUACAGAUGGUGGAUGGAAGACAUUGAACAGCAGUAUUAUCAGUACUUCCAACUGUGGUAAUCCUGCACUACGUCUGUUUGGCUUUGGUCCUGUUGUUUCCAAUGGCUUUGGUAUUGGUUAUAUCAUUAAAGAAGAUCGAAUUUCGUUUGUUGCUUCUUCAAAGCAUCGUCAAACAGAGCGCUUUUUACAGACACUUAAAAAGUUUUUGAUGGAAAUCAAAGCCAUGUUGAUUAAAGAAAAGUAUCCUGGUGGUAUCUCUCAACGUCAAAGAAUCUUGGCUCUUGAAGAACAAGCACAACAAGCUCUUAAUGACGGUUAUAGUUACUUUGACAAUGGCUACGAGGCUGCAAACAGUGAUCAUACAUUAUCUGAUAGUGGUGGUGCUGGUUCACCACCUUCACCUACUACCAAGACAGUUCGUAAGGUUGGCAAACGUUUAUUGAUCCGUGAAAAUGAAGAUUUGUAACAAA